AUGCCUCGCCAAUCCCGCGGUCCAGCACGCAGCGCGCCCUCCCGGCCCACCGCCGCGAGCAGGCCAGCACCAGCACCCCAACCGCCACAAGCCCGCCAGGCCUCGACCGCCGCGCACCCUCCAGCGCAGGCCCAGCAGCCGCAAGCCCAGCAGGGCGGAGGCUCCGGUCUCUUUGGACAGAUGGCUAGCACAGCUGCCGGCGUAGCAGUAGGCUCCUCCAUCGGCCACGCCAUCGGCGGCAUGUUCGGCGGUGGGUCCUCCUCCGCCGAAGCCGCGCCCGCCGCGCCCGCCGACCAGCCCGUCGCGCAGCAGGACAACGGCGCCUACGCCAUGAACCAGAACUACCAGGCGCCGCAGAUGUGCGCGACGGAUGUGAAGAACUUCCGGACUUGCAUGGAUCAGAAUGGAGGCGAUUUGACGAUUUGCGGGUGGUACAUGGAUCAGUUGAAGGCUUGUCAGCAGGCGGCGCAGCGGUAUUAG